UCCGCUCACGUCUGAAUGCAUGUAACCACGUCAUCACACACGUGACCUUCACCCUUUGACCAACACACUACACGGUCCGUGACCAUGACCCACCGGACCACGCCCACGCUGCGUCAGACCAUGUCGGCGACCUUCACCUACCUCCUGGCCGGCGUCGUGCUGACGUCAAUCUCCAUGACGCGCGGGCAACAGCAGGACUUGACCUACAAGAUCCGCGAAGAACAGGAUGUGGGCACGUUCGUGGGCAACAUCGCCCGCGACAGCCAGAUCUACAUCCAGUACAACCAAACCGAGUUCCAGAGCUUGCAAUACAGCAUCCCCUCCACCAGUUCAAAGUUCACCAUCGACAGCAAAUCCUCGACGGUCCGCACAGCUGUGGUGCUGGACCGUGAAACUGAAUGCGACAGCCCGUCGUACUUAACCGAGCUGUGUCAACUCAACUUUGGCGUCAGCGUCUACCGCGUCAGCAGGGAUGGGAGCUUCACUCUGCUGCGCAUCAUAAGAGUCAGCGUCGUGCUGGAGGACAUCAACGACAACGCCCCGCAGUUCCCGUCUAAUCAAACGACGCUGGACGCCCCGGAGUCGCUGGACAUCGGUCAAGUACUCACCACCAGCGGGGCUAUAGACCGAGACUCUAGCGUCAACAACACGGUCCAGAAGUACACGCUGGAAGGGGGCGACGGGGUGUUUGAGCUCCAGCAGAUUCCCAUACCCGGCUCCAUGAACUCUGACCUCGGGAUUGUUCUAAAACAGAAACUAGAUCGCGAGACCAUACCUUCAUACAGGCUGAAGAUCAUUGCCGAAGAUGGGGGAUUCCCCAAGCUGUCCGGAACCGUCAGGAUACUCAUCAGAGUGAUUGACGUCAACGACAACACGCCCACCUUCUCGCAGAACUUGUACAACGCCUCGGUGCCAGAAGAUAGACCCGAGAGGUCAACGAUUCUCAAAAUUGAAGCCCAAGACCCGGACGAAGGUGAAAACGGCCGGAUGACCUUCACAUUCAGCCCCCUGACCUCCAGCAGAAUCACCGAAUAUUUCGCCAUCAACGAAGCCAACGGAGACAUUUUUCUCGUCCGGCGCCUGGAUUACGAGCGCGACAAACUGUUCCGGUUCUCCAUGACCGUCAGCGACAACGGUUCCCCUCCCCGCUCCUCCCAGACCACCAUCCAAAUUUUCGUUGAAGACGUGAACGACAACGCGCCCCAGAUUGAGAUCACCCUCCCCACCGCCUACGUCAAGGAGUCCAUCAACGUCGGCAACUACAUCGCUCACGUCUCGCUCUCAGACCGCGACAGCAGCGAGAACUCGGUCAUCACGUGCGCCGUACAGAACGAUCAUUUCAUGCUGCAAAAGUUCCCAGAAUCAGACUCCAUCUACACGGUCAUCUUGAAGAGCCAUCUCGACUACGAGAAAUCCCAGACCGAGUUUGUCAACAUCACGUGUCACGACGGUGGUCAGCCUCCCCUCUACAACUCCUCGGGUUUUAUGAUCUACGUCCAGGAUGUCAACGACAACGCCCCUGUGUUCACUCGCGGGACGUACAGGGCCGAGGUGGAGGAGGAGAACUACGUGGGUCAGUUCGUGACCCAAGUCCAAGCCGUCGACCCGGACGAAGGCGAUAACGGAAACGUCUCGUACGGUCUGUUGGUCAACCCGGACAGCAAGUUCCAGAUCAACCCGCUGUCCGGAGUCAUUAAAGCUGUCAUGACGUUAGACAGAGAAGAGACGCCGACGUAUGAACUUGUGGUGGUGGCCAAAGACCGCGGCAUCCCUCCCAUCUCGUCUUCCGUCACCGUCACGGUAGUGCUCACAGACAUCAACGACAACCCGCCCAGGUUCACCAAAUCCAUUUUCGACUUCCGGAUUCAAGAAAACCUCCCCAAGAACACCAUCGUCGACACGGUCUCCGCCAGCGACCCCGACACCGGCUCCGACAACCACAUCCGCUUCCAGUUCACCAUCAACUUUUCAUACCGGGACACGUUCGCCAUCGAUCGCCUCACCGGCAACAUCAUCACCCUGAAAUCACUGGACCGCGAAGAACGCGAUUUCUACGCCUUUGACGUCAUGGUCCUGGACGAGAGCCAGCCCACCUACAACGACGUGGCUAAAGUUUACAUCACCGUCACCGACGACAACGACAACAAACCCGUCAUCACCUACCCCGACGACUACAACAACACCUUCUACUUCGUGUACACCUACCCUGCCGGCACCGUCCUCGUCAACUUCCAAUGUGAAGACCGAGACGCCGGCGAGAACGCCUCGGUUAGGUUCUCCAUCAUCAGAGGCAACGAGAAGAGCCUCUUUUUCCUCAAUGCCCUCAACGGAGAACUCGUCCUCGCCAAACAGCUCAACAUCUACGACGCCGGCAGCUACAGGCUCAGCGUCCUCGCUCGCGACAACGGCCUCAGCUACCUGGAAUCCAAACGCGACAUCAACAUCAUCAUCACCAUCGCCAACGGCACCUCCAGCUUCCUCCAAGACGACGUCACCGGCGCAAACAUCGCCAUCGUCAUCGCUCUAGUCUGCAUCACCGUCGUACUCGCUAUGGCCGUCCUCAUCACCAUCUGCAUCAUCCGCCGCAUCGACCGCGAGCGGAAGCAGCACAGCAGCGUCAAGGUGGACGACGACAACCUGUACAAACAGCAGACGAUGCCGGACAACCUGAUGCACACGCCCGGCAAGGACGGCUUCGAGAGUGAGAUUGAAAAACUGAAGCGGAAAAUUAAACGAGACAUGAGCUUUGGCGUGGAAGAUGAUUCCAACACACUCGACGCCGCCGAGAUCUCCAACAAAUCUUCCACAUUUUCAACCUUCAAAAACACAUCAACCGCAGUGGAGCAGAAGAACACAUCUUCACCACAAGCCCACUCCUCCGUCCUCCACAACACCCUCUCACCCACGGAGGGCAAUGUCAAGAGGGUCCAUUACAUGGACAAGGGUCUGGACAUUGACAGAAUGACCACGACCUCCCCACCCCCACGGAGCCAGGCGCUGGGCUAUCACUCAGUCAGGGGUGGACACUGGUCAGCUGGACGUGGGCAGUCGCCCCGGAGUUCGGUCAUCAAGUUGUCCGUGGAGGAUUCGUCCAGCCACUCCUCGGGCUCCACCAGCGACAGUGGGCGCGGGGGCUCCAGCGAGGAAGGUGAAGGUCACGGCCCGGCCCACGCCGUCGUCGUGGCGAUCGGAGACAAUGAUCGAAGUCAUGGUCCCACUCCUACCUACCCACCAUCCAACAAACUUAUGACCUUCGGCUCGCCAAGGUCGUCUUGCAACACUUCCGGCACGUCGCACAUGCCCAGCUCAACGUCUACGUCACUGAGCUCUGAGACUGCCCGGAAGCGCCUGUGGGGGGAGAGCACCUCGACAAGUGCCACAACUCUGCCCAGCAUGCCCGACUCGCUGGGCAUGUCGGAGACGGCCGGAUACUACAAGCCCAACAUCAGCUUCAGCGACGACAGCGCCACCGCCAACACGAUGGUGGGCGCCAGCCGCAGCACCAGCUGCUGCACCCUCGCGGACAAAACCCCCACCCGUAAGAAAGACAACACCACCACCGUCCUAGACCAAACGCCAUCACGCCCCACACAGGAAACCACACCCGCCGACAGGACGCCUUUGAAAACACCCAUCCAGUGUAACGACGACAACACCUACACUGGAACACCCACCAAAACGCCGUCGUACCUGAAAGACUUGAAGCUCGUGACGUCACCAACCAACAUGGCCGACCCGCUCAGAAACUCGGACGCCUUGCCGCCCCGGCCAUCGUCGUCUGCCCAGCGUCUGCGGCUCUAUCAGAACACUUCCGGCACGCCUUACAGACUGACCCCCGCCAACCUGACCCCCGCCAACCUAUCCCGCAUCCCCGUCGUCGACUCGUCCACGGCCCACGGCAUGUUCAUUGACAACUCCAACCUCUCCGUCUACGAGCCGGCCAACCAGUCGAGAAGCUACGCCAACGCCAACCGUCAAUACACCACCCCCAACAUGGGCAACAGCUACCUGAACCCCACCCCACCCACCUCCGCCCGGGGCCCUAGCCAGAGCACCCUCUCGGGGAAAAGACUUUCUCUGGACGACGGCUACUCGCUGCAGGACAUUGAUGAGGUCCUGGAGGACGCCAGCACCAUAGGACCACACGCCGACGACGGCAACUCCACCACCACUUCCGGUAGCUACACCAUCAACGCCGACGACCUGUGUCAGGAGAUUAACAAACUAUUUUUUAACGACAUCGUUGUCUAGUUAAAAUGUUAACGUUUAACGACAUCGUUGUCUAGUUAAAAUUUUAACUUUUAACGACAUCGUUGUCUAGUUAAAAUUUUAACUUGUAACGACGUCAUUCUUUAAUCAACAUUUUCAACUCUAAUUAACUUGUAUAUGAAACUACUAUCGCCAUAUUCCACCAACUUCUCUAUCUGCACUAAACCAACUAGACGAGUGAUUCAGUACUGUGCCAACAUUGCAUGCCAUACAUUAUAAAUGAUCACACACUACACCAUCACGCAAACAUGACAUCUGCCCCCCCCC